UCCUCGUAAGUGGUUGUAGUGGCCAACCUGCUUGUCGUUCACGGCGGAAAAAUGGUGUCCACUCGUGGUCCGAAAUUCAAAUUUUCCGAAGGAGAGAGAGUUUUAUGUUAUGAACCUGAUCCAACGAAAGCCAAAGUGUUGUAUGAUUCCAAGGUCUUGGAAGUCAAAGUUACGAAAGAUCAGAGAGGACGUAAAUCCAUUGAAUUCCUCAUCCAUUUUCAAGGAUGGAACUCCUCUUGGGACCGCUGUGUCACAGAGGACUUUGUUUUAAAAGACACAGAAGAAAAUAGACAGCUGCAAAAAGAUCUUGCUCAAAAGGCGCAGUUGCAGCUGUGUUCUAAUUACCGACGAGGUGCAUAUCUGUACCGUAAAGACAGAACAAAGCGUCAAAGGAAACUUUCUGAUCGAGUAAAUGAUUCUCUUGAGAGACAGAAAGGGAGGCGCCGUGUGAGCACAAGUGCAAGUGCCACCAGUAACAGCAAUGGCUCAGCAACCAGUGCUUGUGUAGAUUCUGACCAGGACUCUGUCAGUCAUGAUGAGGAUGAUCAUGAUGGUGACCAUGAUGAAGAAAGGGAUAAUAAUGCCUGGGAUGAAAACAGUUCCGAUGAAUCCUCAGAGGCUGAGGGACAGGAGCAUCAUGAUGAGGAGAUGGUUGAGGAACGAAUUCCGAUGGAAGUGCCAACAGGGUUAAGACGAUUGUUAGAACAUGAUUGUUCUCUCAUUAACGAUCUGAACAAGGUCUUACAAUUGCCUGCAGAGCCCAAUGUAGUUACCAUUCUCGAGGGAUUUGUGAAGCAUUGUGCAGUUAAUCAACUAUGCAAUAGUCACAGUGCGGCUGCAUCUGCAACUGGAGCUUCUAAAAAUGGUCAAAGCCAACGUUAUUCAUACAAAUAUCUGCAUAGCAAUAAAUCACAAGACUUGGACUCUAUUUGCAGAAAUCUUACCAUUUGCAAAGAAGUAGCUGAUGGACUUCGGGUUUAUUUUGAUUUCACCCUUGCUGAUCUUCUCCUAUACUCCCACGAGAAAGCUCAGUUUGCUGAAAUAACAAAAUCUGAAUCACCCUUUAGAAGCCCCACACCAAAAAAAGAACCAGAAAGUGAAGGUGAAGAUGUCCCUGUAGUCAAAGCAGAACCCAUCAGUGAGGAAGCGCCUGCAACAGAGCAGGAAAAAAAUACAGUGAAAGUAUCUCUUCCCAGUCCGCCAGGCCGAUCUCCUACCAGUAAUGAAGAACAGAGCCCCACUGUGGAUCAAAGCCGCAAGCGUAGUCUGCGAUCAUCUCACCGUAGUGCCCCUGAAGUUACCUCUCCUGGCCCUUCAACUAGUGAUGCUGUCAAUGCUCCAGCUGCUCAGUGUCCAAUAUCUAGUUUGGCCAGUAAUAGCUCUCAAAGCAGUAUUGCAUCACCCUUGGCUGCUCCUGCUGUCUCCCAAACUGGACCGUCCAACUCAAGCCCACCAAAAAUGCCAGACAUGAUAUCACCUCAAAAUAAUGCAAUCUUAUCCCAAGUUAUGACCUGGCGUCUUGUACCCUCAUCAACCAAUGAAGACUCUCCAAUCCUUCCAUCAUUAAUUUAUGGAGCAACUCAUCUGGCAAGGCUGUUUGUUCGUCUUCCAGACCUGUUGUAUACAGGUAACAUGCCAAGCAGCAAGUUGAAAGUUUUGACAUCUCACUUGGAAACAUUUAUGGCUUACCUUGAGGAACACACAGAAUGGUUUGCAGACCACAAUUAUAAGGAUAAUGUCAACCCAUCUGAAACUGAUUAAAAGUAUUUUUCCAAAGCAG